AGAAGGCUGAACCUGAAGCCGCUGCUCCGAGCUCGCGUUUGAACCGGCGGGAGCAGGAAGAUGGCGACGGACGGCGCAAGCUGCGAGCCCGACUUCUCCCGCGCUCCGGAGGACGCGGCGGGGGCUGCGGCGGAGACGGCGAAAAAAGAGUUUGAUGUGGACACCCUCAGUAAAUCUGAGCUCCGGAUGCUCCUCAGUGUGAUGGAAGGGGAGCUGGAGGCCAGAGACCUGGUCAUCGAAGCCCUGCGGGCUCGCAGGAAGGAGGUAUUUAUCCAGGAACGAUAUGGAAGAUUUAAUUUAAACGACCCAUUCUUGGCACUGCAGAGAGACUAUGAAGCAGGUGCCGGCGAUAAAGACAAGAAGCCAGUUUGUACCAACCCCCUCUCCAUCCUUGAAGCAGUCAUGGCCCACUGCAGAAAAAUGCAAGAAAGGAUGUCCACACAGCUAGCUGCUGCUGAGAGCAGACAAAAGAAGCUGGAGAUGGAAAAGCUUCAGCUACAAACCCUUGAGCAAGAGCACAAGAAGCUGACCUCUCGCCUGGAGGAAGAGCGUGGCAAGAACAAGCAUGUGGUCCUGAUGCUGGUGAAGGAGUGCAAACAGCUCUCAGGCAAAGUCAUAGAGGAGGCCCAGAAGCUAGAGGAAGUAAUGGCCAAACUGAAUGAAGAAAAGAAAAAGACGAGUGCAUUAGAAGAGGAACUCUCUGUUGAGAAACGAAGAAGCAUAGAAAUGGAAGCUCAGAUGGAAAAACAGCUCUCUGAGUUUGACACCGAACGGGAACAGCUUCGUGCCAAGCUGCACCGAGAAGAAGCACACACCACUGACCUCAAAGAGGAGAUAGACAAGAUGAAGAAAAUGAUUGAGCAACUAAAAAGGGGAAAUGACAGCAAACCAAGCCUCUCUCUCCCCCGGAAGACAAAAGAUAGGCGUUUGGUCUCCAUAUCUGUGGGAACAGAAGGACCUAUGACAAGAUCUGUUGCUUGCCAGACAGACCUAGUGAUAGAAGGCACUGACCAUGUGAAGAAGUUGCCUUUGACUGUGCCUGUAAAGCCUUCCACAGGGAGCCCCCUAGUUUCUGCAAAUGCAAAAGGGAAUGCAUGUACAAAUGCCACCUCUAUCAGACCAGGUAUUGACAGGCAGGCUUCCCAUGGUGACUUGAUUGGUUCUUCUCUGUCCACUGUUCCACCUCCAAGUGUAAACAGAAUUGAGGAAAAUGGACCCAGCACAGUCUCAACGCCAGAUUUAACAAGUAGUACACCCCCACCUCCCAGCAAUGCUGCUUCUCUCACCGUGCAAACACCAGGCACAAGUCCCCAGAACUACUCGCAAGCUCCACCUGCACACAGUUUACAUUCACCGUGUGCCAAUGCAUCUCUGCAUUCAGGUCUAAACCCACGAAUCCAAGCAGCUAGAUUUAGAUUCCAGGGCAAUGCUAAUGACCCAGACCAAAAUGGAAAUACUACUCAAAGUCCUCCAUCAAGAGAUGUCUCUCCUACAAGCCAUGACAACCUAGUGGCCAAACAAAUGGCUCGGAAUACUGUGACCCAAGCACUCUCCAGAUUUACAGGCCCUCAAGCAGGAGCACCCCCAAGGCCUGGAGUGGCUGCAGAUGUUGGCACCUACCCUUCAGUCAGCCGGACCAGCGUAAAGACUCCCAGUGCACCACGAGUUGACAGAGGAAACCCUCCUCCUAUCCCUCCAAAAAAGCCAGGGCUCUCCCAAGCUCCUUCUCCACCCCACCCCCAGUUCAAAGUUAUUGUGGAUAGCGGCAGGGCCUCCAGUGCUGGGGCCAAAGUGGAUAACAAAACUGUGGCUUCACCUCCUUCCAGUUUACCCCAAGGGAGCAGGGUCAUAAGUGAGGAGAAUCUCCCUAAACCAUCCUCUCCUCAACCUCCACCAAAACCAUCCAUAGAUUUAACUGUGGCACCCGCAGGCUGUGCCGUUUCAGCCCUGGCCACGUCUCAGGUGGGUGCCUGGCCUGCUGAAACCCCUGGACUGAAUCAGCCUGCAUGUUCAGAACAUUCCCUUGUCAUUCCCACCACCAUUGCCUUUUGCUCUUCCAUAAACCCUGUUAGUGCCUCAUCCUGUAGAACAGGUGCCUCAGACAGCCUCCUGGUAACAGCAUCAGGCUGGUCACCCUCCCUAACCCCUUUGCUAAUGAGUGGUGGUCCUGCCCCCCUGGCUGGCAGGCCCACCCUUCUUCAGCAAGCUGCUGCCCAGGGAAAUGUCACUUUAUUAUCAAUGCUGCUUAAUGAAGAAGGACUGGACAUUAACUACUCCUGUGAAGAUGGCCAUUCUGCCUUGUAUUCUGCUGCUAAGAAUGAACAUACAGACUGUGUGAGAUUGCUGCUGAAUGCAGAAGCCCAAGUCAAUGCUGCUGAUAAAAAUGGCUUCACACCGUUGUGUGCUGCAGCUUCUCAGGGACAUUUCAAGUGUGUAGAAUUCUUAAUUGCAUAUGAUGCUGACAUUAACCAUGCUGCUGAUGGAGGACAGACACCUCUACACCUGGCCUGUAAAAAUGGAAAUAAAGAAUGUAUUAAGCUCUUGUUGGAAGCUGGAAGUGACCAAAGUGUAAAAACCGGAGAUGGCUGUACACCAGUUCACGCAGCUGUGGGCACUGGCAAUGUGGACAGCUCAAGCUCCAUGUAUCAUGGAGCACCAACUCGUGGAAAUUCCUUGCAUGAGGAAGAAGUCAGGUCGGAUGUUUUUGACUUGGAUCAGGGAGAAGAGAGUCCUGAAGGCACAGCCAAACCUGUUGUUCCUGCAGACCUCAUUAACUAUGCUGACAGAGAAGGCUGGACUGCUGCCCAUAUUGCUGCUUCAAAGGGUUUUAAGAACUGCCUAGAAAUCCUGUGUACACAUGAAGGACUCAAGCCAGAUAGGAGAGAUAAGUGUGGCUGGACUGCGCAUGACGUUGCCACUGAUGACUACAAGCAUCUGCUGGAGAACCUGAAUGCUCUUAAAAUACCCUUAAGGAUUUCAGUGGGUGAGAUCCAACCAGGCAACUACAGUUCUGAUGACUUUGAAUGUGAAAAUACAAUAUGUGCUUUAAAUAUCCGCAAACAGACAUCAUGGGAUGAUUUUUCAAAAGCAGUGAGUCAAGCUCUGACAGAUCAUUUCCAAGCCAUCUCUUCUGAUAAAUGGUGGAGUCUGGAAGAUGUGACGUUUAAUAACACCACUGACUCCAGUGUUGGCCUCGGUGCAGGCAGUGUGCAAUCCAUCACUCUAGGUCCUCAAGAAGGCUGCCUCUGUAGUGUGACUUAUGCAUCUACGAUUCCUCUUCAGAUGCUGCAGAACUACCUCAGGCUGGUUGAGCAAUAUCAUACUGUCAUUUUCCAUGGCCCACAAGGAAGCUUGCAGGACUACAUAGUAUAUCAGCUUGCAGUCUGCAUGAAGCACAAGCAAAUGACUUCAGGAUUCUCCUGUGAAAUAGUGAGAGCGGAAGUGGAUGCUGGUUUCUCUAAGGAACAGCUAGUAGACCUGUUCAUCAGUAGCGUGAAACAAUCUCCUGUUAAUAAGAAAAUCAUCAUAAUCUUAGAGAAUUUGGAAAAAUCUUCAUUGUCAGAGUUAUUGGGGGACUGCUUGGCACCUCUGGAAAAUCACAGCACAGAAAGCCCCUGUACUUUCCAAAUGGGAAAUGGAACAUCAAAAUGUUACUACUUUCAUGAGAGCUGCUUUCUGAUGGGCACCGUUGCGAAGGCCUCUCAGGGCUCUGACUUGCUGGUGCAGCAGCAUUUUCACUGGGUGCAGCUGCGGUGGGACAGCAAGCCCGUGCAGGGCCUGCUGCAGAGGUCCUUAAGAAGGAAAGUUGUAAAUCAGUUCAGAGGUCAGGUGUCCUCUCCCUGCGACCCCAUGUGCAAGACAGUUGACUGGGCCCUGGCCGUCUGGCACCAGCUCAUCUUCUGCCUGGUCCACUUGGGUAUACCCGAAGCACUUCUUGGGCCAAAGUAUUUCCUGUCUUGCCCUGUAGUCCCAGGACCUGCCAAAGUGACAGUGAAGUGGAUGUGUAAACUGUGGAAUGCUGUCAUUGCACCCAGAGUUCAAGAAGCAAUAUUGGCAAGAGCCUCUGUAAGACACCCUAGUCUUGUGCAAACAAAAAAGCACCCUAGCCAAGGAUAGCAGGCUGUGGUUAAAACGCUCAGCAUCUUGCUCAAUAAAGCUGUUCUGCAUGGAUGUCCCCUCCAGAGAGCAGAGCUGGACCAGCAUACCACUGAUUUCAAAGGAGGAAGUUUCCCUUUAUGCAUAGUUUGAAGUUAUAACAGUUGCAGCAAGAAGAAAGGAGAGAGUGGUGCCUAGAGAAAGGUGAGCACCAGUCCUCACAAGAAGUCUGGCUGUUUGUCUUCACCCACCUGGAGCAAGCCAGUCCUGAGUGAGAAAGGUAUCAAAAAUAUGACUAUAUCACAGCCGAAUUGUAACAGGAAUGUGUCUCUGUCAAAACAAAAGUCUUUAGAGAAUGAUCUGUCCUUGACAUUGAACUUGGAUCACAGACUCUGUCUGGAUUCAGAUGAUGAAGCAGACCUUGUCAAGGAACUUCAAAGUAUGUGCUCUAGCAAAUCUGAAUCAGAUAUAAGCAAGAUUGCAGAUUUCAGGGGUGAUGUAAGGAGGUUUGAUAGUCCAGGAAACAACCCUACAUUUUCAGCAACUGUUAAUAACCUAAGAAUGCCAGUGUCACAAAAGGAGGUCAGUCCUCUCAGCAGCCAUCAAACUAUGGAAUGCAGCAACAGUAAAUCAAAGACUGAGUUGGGUGUUUUAAGAGUUAAAUCUUUUCUUCCUGUUCCCAGAAGUAAAGUUACUCAGUGUUCCCAGAGCACCAAAAGAGGCAGCAGCAGCAGUAAUACAAGGCAAAUAGAAAUAAACAACAACUCAAAAGAAGAGAUUUGGAACUUACACAAAAAUGAACAAGUACAAAAACCUAACAAAUAGGCCUGCCUACAAUAUUCUCUCUCUUAACUUCAAUAUAUUUCAAACAUAAACCACGGACAACAAGAUGUAAAUACCUUUAAAUGAAUAAAAUAUUUUCACAGCAAUAUGAAGUAUGAGUGCAGGACCACUAUUCAAUUGUUUGUAAAGAAUGUAUUUAUAACCAACAUUUUGUUGUUUUUUUUCUAGUUCUGUAGGGUCGAACUUCAAUAUCAAGAAGUUAUGCCAACGUUCCAAGUAGUUGUAGAAUAGAAUUAUUGUAAUAGUUUUAAUCAACAUGUUCAGGGGGUAUUAAAACAAAACUGUGUACCAUGUAUCUGUAUAUAUGUAUAUAUUUAAGAAAGUCCAUGAAUCAUAUUGCAUACUACAUGUUAUAAAAUGUGUACAGUGUUGACUUGGAUAAAGUGUGCCAUUUUAAAUGGAGAUCAUAAUUUUAUGUUCACUUGAUAAGGAACGACUAGAAUGAGGCAAUAACUUAAUCAUUUCUAAACAGUUAUUUUCCAUUAAAAGCCAUAUUAAGUAUUUUGCCUGUUAAAUUCUAGUUUUAUAUUUUAAAUCUUUUAAUAGUUACAUUGCUGUUUGGUUGCAUCAUGUAUAUUUAUGCUCAUGAGUUUGCAUUGUGACUGUAAAAUAUAAAAUUAUAUAAUGCAA